AUGGCAGCGCUUCCCGUAGAAGGCGACAGUUCUAAAAAGACUAAGCCUCCGCUUGAUUUGGGAAUUCUUGAAGAAGAUGAUGACUUCGAAGAAUUCCCCGCAGAUGGUUUUUCCUUAUUUCGGCUUACUAGCCCCCAUAACUUAGAUUGUGCGACAGGAUUGUGUAUAGAUCAGGGCGAAGUAUCCCUAUGGGGAGAUAAUUGGGACGAUGAUAUUGUAGAAGAUGAGUUUUCGACACUUCUCAGGGCCGAAUUUCAGAAACAAGAAUGCUUUAAUGUCAAGCUAAACAUGGAUACCGAUGCUGCGGCGUUUUCCCUCGUGGACCAAAAACCUGUUAACUUAACUGGUAUCGAAACAAGCGUGAAUGUAAAAAUCAAACUAGAAGAAGUUGAAUCAUCCUCUACACCGCAGGUGCCUCCUCUGCGAGUUGGUUGGGAUGGUGAAAUUUGGACUAUUAUGUCAAGUGAUUCUGAGGAUAGUUUGUUUUGGAUCAGUUCCCCGUCCUCUGACGUCGAGCGUCCAGAUAACGCCUCAGAGGAGGUGGUUCGCUCCCAAGGUGCUUCAAAAAAGCGACUUUUCUCACUCACUCCGGACGACGACGAUUUUGACGACAACGAUCAGUCCGCCCGGAGCGACGCAUACCACCAGCAAAAGUUGGCGAAAGCCAUCGCCUCAAAGUACCGUUUCGGUGGCUGCAUGCGCACAUCGGUGAAUGCAGCCUCUAAACAGCGGGUUGUACUUAGUAAAUUGCGCGUUAGCGCCACCAGUCUUCUUCCCGGCGCGCUCGUUUGGGCCCUUCUGCCGCAGAAGUACCAAGUGCCCUGGUGGGCAGGGAUCAUCGCAGGCAGACCGAUCAAGCGAAGGAGCAAGGACAGCACUGAAGUGUGCUACUAUCGCGUGGUUCUAGUCUGCCCUCCGCACCAACUAACACCCGAAUGCUCCCCCCUCGUGUCCCAGAAAAACCUCCGCCCGUUUCUCGGUCGGGCUGCCUUCGAGGCGUUCAUGCGAUCUGUUUUGGGUAAUGCCAAGAACAAGGGGCAAGCUCUAGCUCAAUUUUGUAUUCCUCCGAGGUACGAAGAUAAUUGGCACGCUGCUAGGGACCAGGUGGAAGCGGCCUCGAACAUUCCAGUCAAAUCAUUGCACGCGCGGUUUCGCUUUCUCGGUAUAGAUCUGCCUCGUCUCCAGGUUAAGUGGAAAUUCGACGACAAAAAACGCAAGGAGCAACUUGCGAAGUUAAAAGGAAGCGUCGGAGCUAGUAACCGCGAAACGCCCGAAUAUAUCUUUCCAUUCAAAAGGAAACGCCCUGAGCCCACUAAGCAGUAUGCUGUUCCAGCGAAAUAUCACCCGCGAACCCUGCCGAAAGACGAUGUCUUCGCGUUCGAAGUGCUCACCUCGCAGACCCAGGUGCAGCAGACACGCGCCCGAUUCAUCUGCUGCGUCUGUCUCAAACCGGGUCAGUUGUUGGCUAAGAAUAAGAAACCCGACGAGACGGCCGGCGGGAAGGCGGCGUCGGCUGCGGCGACCAAACCGAAGCCCCGGGUAGGCCUGUCCGCCGAUGUCUGCGAAACCCCUUGCUUGCGACUCUCCCAAAACCGCAAGAGACCGCGGGAAUAUGUCUACUUUAACCCGUCUAAAUUGCUCUUUAAGGAGGUGCAGCCAAUCCCGAAUGGCGCCACUGGACACGCGAUCGACGAGGGUGGUGAGAAGGAGCACCAUGAGAUGGCCGCCGCCGCCACAGCCGCCACCACCUCCACCGAAUCGGCGAUGCAGCGCUGCUCGGUGUCACACUGCCGCCGGUGGUUCCACACGGCCACGUGCCUGCGCCAGUUGCCCUUCGCGGCGCUGGUGCGCGACGGUCGCGCGGACAGCUUCACGUGCCCCGCGCACAGCUGUCUGGCCUGCUUCGCCGACGCCCCCGGCACGCGGCCCCGACCCUCGCCCUUCUUCGUCCACUGCUUCUUCUGCGCGGCCACCUACCACCCUGGCGAGUGGUGCGUUCCUGCUGGCUCUGUCUGGGUACGUCCUCGUCCCCUCUCCCCGCCCCAAUCCCAUCUACUCACCACCGCUCUGCCACUGGUUCACUUUGUAUUAUCCCAAAGCUGGAUCGUCUGUCCGCGGCACGCCCUCCAAGGUCCACCGCAGAGUCUCCUGAACUUCCCCCCACGCUCCAAUCAAACCCCGACCUUGAUUUCGACCACUCCCCUCAACGAGCCUCUCUCUGUGGAUGUUGGUGACAGGAUCGUGUUUUCUCCCGUCCUGUUGGAAGAAAAAUCUGCCAAUUCAUCUCCGCGGAAAUCAGAUUCCGACCAUCUAGAAGUCGUUGGACCGUCUUCUAUCAAAGAAGAAGAGGAGGAAGAAGGUACCAAGCCUCCCCCUGCGACGGACCAAAAUUUGGUGAAGGAGCCCGAUUCGCAGCCCACAGAACCUCCCGCCACGAUAGAUCAGAAGCCUGUCGACGAGCCCAACGCCAAGUCUCCCUUGAAGACGGAACCGGUUGACGCUCCCGUGCCGUGCCCAAUGUCUACAACGCCUCCUGGUGAAGCGUCGUCUGCGCCGAAGGCGGACGACACCUUGACGAUCUCGGACGCAGCCGCCAAGCCUCCGUCUCUCAUGGAACAGCUCUCGCUGAAUAGGAUCCUCCUCUCGGACCGUCAGCGAAUCAGCCUCGCCAACAUGUUUCGUCCCGCCAACGUCUCCUGGUGCUUCAUUUGCUCCAAAGGCGGUCGCAUCAUCUGCUGCGAGAGCUGUCCCGCGUCGUUCCAUCAGGAGUGCCUCAACGUCAGCGAGGCGAAUGAAGCGGACAACGUGAGCACAGCCCGCGGUGUAGCCCAAUUUAAGUUAAUCCGAUGCGAAAUCCGCCAACUGUCAUUGCGUCUGCACCUAUCUGCUGAACUGCACCACCGUCUAAACGCAAUCUCAUUCGUUUGCCGCUCUCAGGAGUCCGAGGUUGACUUGUCCUGCCUUGACGUACUCAUAGUUAACUCCUAG